AUGAACGCUCCUCAUCCUUCCUUUCUGUUCCAAGCCGACGAUCAAAUCGAGCUCGGCAGGAGGAGAGCAGCUAAAGCAGCGCGGCUUUGUGUGCCCUCUUCCUCCUUCCCCUCUGUCGCUUCACCUCCCACUUCCGGCUCCGCUUCAUAUGCCUCCCUCGGCCACCCAAUCUUUCUCGGUACUAAGCAGGACGAUGUAGCUGAGCUUGCGCUGGGAGGAUCGGGCGCUGAUGGAGGGCGGGAGAAGGUGUUGGACGCGCUACUCGAGGUGCCUGCAGCGGGUGGAGCUAGUGGAAGAGGGAUGUGGACUGCUGAGAGUGGAGGGAUCGUGAGAAGGGUGGACUUGAGUACUGGCAAGACGACAGAUGUAGUGCUAGCACACAAAGCGCCUGUAUCCGCUCUGGCCCUCCUCCCCCUCCCCACUGUUGGUCAGUCGCUCCUCUUCUCCUCGGGAUGGGACAAGGUCAUUCAUAUCCAUCUCAUCGUCCCGCUCUCCCCCUCGGACAAGAUCCCUGCAAGCCCGCGACGUCUGAAACCGCUGCUGACCAUCGCGGCUGCUUCGACGGACUUUAUCAAGGCACUGGAGGUACUGCCUGAGCAGGGGGUGCUGCUAAGUGGGGGAAGCGAGAAGGUCAUUCGUAUCUGGGACUUGAGACCGCUGAUCGCUUGGGCGCAGGGCACACAGGGUAGCCAGGGGGUAGAAGCACCUGUACCUCGAUCGGCUGGCAGCUUUGGAGAGCACACGAGGGGGAUUACCUGCAUCACAUCGCUCCCGCCUCCUCCAACAAUUGGCAGCUCAACCUCCGCCACUACUUCAGGCGAUCUACCUAUGAGUACGACCAUCUACUCUGCCGACUCGAUGGGGCGCAUCUUCCAGCUCUCUCUCGACUUGGGCGAGCAUGCUGGCAAGACCUCCAACGGCGACACCGCCAGCACUAGCAGGAGCACCGGCAGCUCUUCUCUCCCUCCUCGCGCCCGCCUCGUCAUCCAGCGAGAGCUUCGCGGGCCCGAGACGGCCGUUUCGGACAUUCAUGUAGGCUGGAACGUCCAGCGUGAAGAAGUCGACGAUGACGACGACGAUGAGGAUGGCACUCACAGGCCAGUCACAACAGCCGGUGCUCUGGUGAGAGCGCAAGUGUGGGUAGCAAGCAACGACAAGAGCGUCCAGCUUUUUGUGCCCUUUGAGCGGGAUACGCGCUCCUCAAAAACCUCCUCUAGACCAUCGACAUCAAAGAGGCUCCCUCUGAACGGAUCCUCGUCCUCCUCCACCACAUCUUCUACGACCCUCUCACGCGUCUCUAAAGUCGGAGCAGCCCUCGGCUCUCAGCCCCCUCUGGCACCCAUCCUGGCCAUCAGACACCCAGACUAUGUCAAGAGUGUACUCCCACUCGCUGUGGCUGCGGCGUCGGAGGCGGGCUUUGGUAGCGCUGCUCUGCCAAAGAGCGUCGUGGUGAGCGGGAGUGCGGAUGAGGAUAUACGAGUGUGGAAGGUUGCGGGCCUGGGGGGAGAAGAUGCAGAUGCAGAGGACGCUGAAGACGAGGAAGAGGAAGAGACAGGAGACGAAGCUCGGCAGCGAUCCCUCGACGGUCAAGUGCAGCGCAGCAGCCCCGCAAAGCUACUCAGACGACAGGAAGGUCACUGGCACGAAGUCGAGAAGCUCCUGCUUUGGUAUGGAUCGCUUCUACCCGCUUCUGAUAGAGGCACAGUCUCCCUCUCCAAGCUCGACCUCGGCCCAAAUCACGAAGAGGAAGGAGCCCAAGCUACUCCCUCCCCCAUCCCCUCUGUUUCUCAAGAGGAGCAGAGCGCAGGCAAGGAGAAGGCAGAAUGGCACAUCAUCUCAGCCAGCCUAGACGGCUCAAUCCGUCGCUGGCCCCUCGCCCACUUGCUAGAGCCGCAGAGCAUCGCCGAGCGCACUCUGAUCGAGAAGGGGGCGGACGCCCUUCCCGGUGCUGCUCAUGCAGGUGCUGAUGGCAGUGGAAGUGGAAGUGCCGGUGGGAGCGCUGGCAGCAACAAGGUCAAUGGGAGCGGUCCUGCUUCUCAGCCCGGGAGGAAGAGCGGCUCCGGCGCAACUGGGAGUGGAAUGACGGCCGAGGAGGAGCGUGAGUUGGAGGAGCUCAUGGGGAGUGAUUUAGAUGAGUGA